CUCCAGGAGGUCAGCAAGGCUACGGUGCGUCCCCACAGUAUGGACGUCCCCAGCAACAAGGUUAUGGAGCCCCACCACCUGGCCAAGGCUAUGGCUCGCCUGUUCAACAGCAGAAUCAGGCUGCUUACCCACCUCAAAAUUAUGGUAAGUUGAUGUCAAUGCCACUUAAAUAAUGCUGAAACCAAAACAUAAUCUCGCGUUGAUCUCUUCAGGUCGUCCUGCCGCGCCACCUCAAGGCCCACCACCCGGCGCCAAUCCUCAGCUUUGGAGCUGGUUCAAGGCGGUUGAUACUGAUAAUUCGGGCAGUCUCACUGUCGAUGAGCUGCAACGUGCACUGGUAAACGGUGACUGGAGCCCUUUCAAUAUUGAAACUGUCCGAAACAUUGUUAACAUGUUUGAUACCAAUAACACUGGCACCAUCGACUUCAAUGAAUUUGCUGGACUCUGGAAAUACAUAGAAGACUGGAAGCAAUGCUUCCAAACCUUUGAUGCUGACGGCUCUGGAAGCAUCGAUCGCAACGAGAUGAGGACCGCUCUCCGCACCUUUGGUUAUAAUCUCUCUGACAAGUUCAUCAACCUGUUGAUACAAAAAUACGACAAAUAUGGCCGAGGAGAUGUUACUUUUGACAACUUCGUCCAGGCUUCAGUUACGGUCAAAACUUUGACGGAUUCUUUCAGAAAGUUUGACACAGAUAACGACGGAUGGAUUCAAAUUAGCUACGAACAGUUUUUGGAACUUGUCGUCAGCAACCGUUAAAGCGAAAUAUGGAGGCAGAUUAAGCAAGAAAUGCCUGACGCCGUUAUCGGUUCUAUUUUGCAGCUAUGGAUGUAAAGUUUAUUCGCUCCGUUUUUUCAACUGUAUCCAAUUUCUCUGUUUCUUAUUACUAUGGGCUUAAUGAAUUAUCGUACAUUCAUAGCAUUUUACCAAGAGUUUUCCCGCUUCUUCAUGUAUUUUCUAAACCUCUUUCUGAACCUCUUUUUCACUUGUUUUUUUUUGGGAUCAAAAGAGAGAAUGUUCGUUUCAAAUCAAUUUUUAAAUAUCCUGUUAAGGCAAUUGAGAUGCGUCAUUUUAACGUGAGGUCUUAGAAACAAAAGAAUUACAUAGAUGAUGAAUAUAUAAUGACCGUCAUUUUUUUUU